CUGCGGCGAGAAGAACGGGAGCCUCAUCAUGAGAAACGGCGUUUAAACACCCGUUUUGGCUUUUAAAAAUCACGUUUUUUUAGCAGAUCCGUCUUAAAAAGACUUGGAGGGAUGGUGCCGUCUUUUAAUCUGGAGGUUUCAGCCGACGCCGCGGUCCGUGCGGGGGAUUUAAGCCUGACUUGUGUUAAUAGCCAUUUUUCUCAGACAAAGAGAGCCGUUCAGUGAGGCUGUCGGGAGACACGGGGGUCCGACGGACUCCCACCCAUGAAGAAAGCGGGCACCAUGUGGAGCAACCUGAAGAGCCGCUGCCAGACUCUGUUCCACAGCUCGGGCCCCGGUGAGAGCCGGGCCGAGGCCGACUCGGUCCACUGCGUGCUGGAUCUGGGGGAGGGAACCAGCAGCUCGUCCGAGUCCCCGGGUCGACCCCGAGCCUCCAGCCUGUCGUGGAGCUUCCUCCCCGUUCCCAUGGUAACGCCGGGACGCCACCAGCACAACUGCGUCUCGGACAUCCCGCAGAUCCUGGAGAUCACCAUCGACAAGGACACGGAGGACGUGCGGGGCGGGUCGGGGGGCGUCCCCCUGGCCCGGCGGGACUCCUACUCCCGCCACGCUCCCUGGGGCGGGAAGAAGAAGCACUCGUGCUCCACCAAGACCCAGAGCUCGCUGGAGACGGAGCGGCGGUCCGGCCGGCUCAGGGGCAGCGGGAACCGCAGGGACCGGCGUCACGGCAUCAGCUCCAUCCAGGAGAUCGGGGACUCCGGUUCCGGCGGGCUCACUACCCGCUCCCUCCGCCAGCGGCUGAGCGACACCGUCGGGCUGUGCUUGCCCCUUCCCGCCCGCCGACAUUCGCGCUCGUCCAAGAACCCGGUGAACGCCAAGAGGAAGAUCCACCUGACGGAGCUGAUGCUGGAGACCUGCCCCUUCCCGCCCGGGUCGGACCUCGCGCACAAGUGGCACCUGAUCAAGCAGCACACGGCGCCCGUCAGCCCGCAUUCCUCCACCGCCUUCCUGGACGCCUUCGACCCGGUGCACCCGUCGCCCGAGGACGAGGAGGAGCGGCUGCGCGAGCGCCGCCGGCUCAGCAUCGAGGAGGGCGUGGACCCGCCGCCCAACGCACAAAUCCACACCCUGGAGGCCUCGGCGCCGGGCUCCUCUCUCUACAAACUGGGACCAAAGAUGGCUCCCGGCGCGGGCGAGGCCUCUGGGGACGGUGCCGGCGGCUCGGCGGGGGCCGGCGUGCAGGGGCCGGGGCCGGUCGCCGCGGUAACGGCCCAGGACUGCGACUCGGAGGAGGAUUCCACCACCCUGUGUCUGCAGGCGCGGCGGCCCAAGCAGAGACACGCGUCCGGGGACGCCCACCCCCACCCGGGCCGGCAGCAGCAGCAGCCCGGGCCCUGGAAGGUCCACACCCAGAUUGACUACAUCCACUGCCUGGUGCCCGACCUGCUGCAGAUCAGCGCGCUGCCGUGCUACUGGGGCGUCAUGGACCGCUACGAGGCGGAGUCGCUGCUGGACGGCCGGCCCGAGGGCACGUUCCUGCUGCGCGACUCGGCCCAGGAGGACUACCUGUUCUCCGUCAGCUUCCGCCGCUACAACCGCUCGCUGCACGCGCGCAUCGAGCAGUGGAACCACAACUUCAGCUUCGACGCCCACGACCCCUGCGUGUUCCACUCGUCCACCGUCACGGGCCUGCUGGAGCACUACAAGGACCCCAGCGCCUGCAUGUUCUUCGAGCCGCUGCUCACGGCGCCGCUGCACCGGACCUUCCCCUUCGGCCUGCAGCACCUGGCGCGAGCCGCCAUCUGCCGCUGGACCACGUACGACGGCAUCGGCUCGCUGCCGCUGCCGCCCGCCAUGCAGGACUUUCUCAAGGAGUAUCACUAUAAACAGAAAGUACGAGUGCGCUGGCUGGAGAGGGAACCGCCGCUCAAGGUGAAAUAAGGACGGCCCGCCCACGCCGCAGGAGGAAUCACGGCCCGGGGACUUCGCCGCCAUCCGGUUUUUGUUUUGAAAGGACAAAAUAAAAAUAGAGAAAUAAUCCAAAAUAAUCCGUUUCCCAUCUUUUGUUUUGAAAAUAAAAAACGGAAAACGGAUCGUUAUCCAUUAUUCGAUUUCAUUGAUGUGAAAUAGGGCUGGGCGAUAUGGACCAAAAGUCAUAUCUCGAUAUUUUCUAGCUGAAUGGCGAUACUCGAUAUAUAUCGAUAUUUUUUCUGUGUCAUAUUUGGAGUUUCCCCCAAAGCAUUAUAGCAUAGCAUCUCUGUUAGCUUCAUUUUUUUCUGAGGCAAACCCUUAAAAAAACAGUCAGUUUUAAUACAAUGCCUCGUGCCAAAUGUCACACAGGUUCCUUUAUUAAC